AUGGGGUCCGGCAUCUCCAAGGAGGCCGCACCGGUAACCUUCAAGAACGGAAAGCCCACCGUCAAGGGGACUAAGACAUACGCGAUGUUCAGCAACAUCCUCUACCGCAUCGCCGACACGGAGGCCAGGCGCUGGGCUUUCUACAACGAUAGCAAGGAGCUUAUCAUUCACGUAGCCGUCCUCUUCGACUACGACUCGCAGAUAGUGCCGCUGGGCGACACCACCGCCUUCCGCAUCGAUGACCCAGAUGAGGGUAACGAAGAUGACUUUGGCAAGUAUCUCUGCGAGGUGGAUGUGCGCCCGCUCGAGACCCAGAUGUUCGUUGAGGGGUCGGUGACGGGGUGGCGCGUCGACACGCUCGAAGCCCGCACGGCUGAGGAUGAGCGUGGGUACCGCCUUUAG